AUGGUCCUGACCGGCCGACUGAUGUUCACCUUCAAGAAGCUGCAUGACACUUACGGCCCAGUAGUUCGCAUCGGACCAAGUGAGCUAUCAUUCGCAACAAAUAGCGCAUUCGAUACCAUCUAUGGACCCCAUGGGGACAAUAACUUCUCGCUCUACGGCAGUCGGAAAGGCCUGUUGGGAAGCCUGGGCGGCAUGGCAGAUUCGUUAGGCAACUCAACAGAAAAGGAUAAUCGCCGAAAGCUACGUCCCCUGGUUGCUACCUCGUUGAAUGAGCUGCUGGCCGCCAAAGGCGAGGAGUAUUGUCACUUAGCAAUGGCCGAGCAAUUAGCAUUCCAUCAUGUAGGCCAGACGGAGGCCGCACCCGUCUCCCUAUCCACGUUGAACAAUCGGUACUUGUGGCAGUUCGCGAGCAUGGCGGCCUUUGGAAACCGCGGCGACGAAGCGGAGCGAGUAAGCUUUAAUCCUCAUGUUGACUGGCUGGACCCCUUCAUGUGCUUCCUUGAGACACUCUUAGUCGUCUUCUCACGAGCUACCAUUCACCGUCACAUUUCAAUUGCUCUAAGAGUGUGGCAGGCCAUUUGCUUCAUCUUCCGAUGGCCCAUCCAUCCAGGCGAAGUCAACUACGACAUGGAUGAAUCUGCAUUCCCGGAUAACCUUCACAGUCGGCUCCGGCAAGCAGCUUCGAGGACCAUGCUCCAAGUUCCUGAUUCCUUAUUGCAGGUCAAUUGUUUUGUUCUCCGAUUCAGCAUAUACGGGACAGCAGACAACAUGUUAAACGCUUUGUUUUAUUUUCUGCUGAAGGACCCACAAUGCUUAAGGAGACUGGAAGCAGAGGUCUUGUCUGUGGGGGCCGCUGUGGAUGAGCUAUCGGACGACUGUCUAGCCAGGUUGCCCUAUCUCAACGCCUGCAUCAACGAAACCUUCCGUAUCACACCUGCCUUCAACGGGGGCAUACUACAACGGGUGUCUUGCGGUGCCACAGUUGAUGGGAUCUACGUCCCACCGGGGAUUGCGGUGUCGGUAGACCAUUAUACGCUGGGCCAUGCCCCUCAGUAUUGGGAGAAGCCUGAUAUCUUCAACCCGGACCGGUGGAUCGAUCAAAAUUGCAAGGAUAAUUUCAAAGCCUCGCGGCCGUUUCUUAUCGGCGCACGCCAGUGUCCAGGGCGACAGAUGGCGUACCAGAUGUUCCGGGUGUGUGUCGCCAAACUCGUAUAUCUCUACUCUUUGGAGUUGGUCAACAAUGACUUUGAUAUUGAGCGGGACACCUUCUCAUCAUAUCACUGGACCGGUGUCAAGCUUGAUGUGACCAUGAAGCCACGCACCCCGGGUGUUUUCGGCUACUAA